AUGGGCCGACAUUUAUGCAGUUGCUAUUCACUUUUGUCUUCGAAUGGGGUUGCACCUUGCAUCGAGAAUAUUUUGACUGGAUUGCAAUAUAAACAUCAUGCAUCUCCUCCACCUUCUAUUCCGGAUGAUGAUGUUAGUUGUGGCCCAAUAACGAUUGAUUCAAGCUCUGUCUUUGGCAAGUGCCCUAAGGUUUUGCGUGAGCUCAUCGCUAGUGCACCCCUUACACCUUUACUCAAAUCCGGAGGUGGACUUAGGCCUAUUGUGGUUGGUGCUAUUUGGCGACAUUUGGUCUCUAAGGUGGAUGCCUUUUCAGUUGGUAAGGACAUGUUAUCUUACUUGGGGGAUUAUCAAUUUGGUGUUGGUGUGCCGGUGGAGGGAGAAAGUAUACUUCACGUUUUCAAUGGUUUGCUAGAGUUGAAAGGUCACUCAGAUAGGAUGUCAAUGUUGCUUAUUGACUUUUCGAAUGCGUUCAACAUGGUGAGAAGGUCUUAUCUUAUCAGGGAGGUCCGGUUUCAUUGUCCAGGUAUUUAUCGUUGGGUAGAAUUUUGUUAUGUUAGGCCUGUUAAACUUUACUAUGACCAAUACAUUUUAUCUUCUGUGCUCGGUGUUCAACAAGGUGGUCCCCUCGGUCCCAUUUUGUUUGCUUUGACACUUCACCUUCUUGUGAAGUCCGUUGCUUCUCGAUGUAAGCUUGAUUUGCACGCCUGGUAUCUGGAUGAUGGCAGUAUCAUCGGUGACACGAUGGAGGUUACCAGAGAUUUGAGUAUUAUAGAAUCUGAAAGAUCGAGCAGGGGUGUACAUCUCAAUAUCAAGAAAACUGAGGUCUUUUGGCCUACACUUGAUCCACGUAGCAUCGAGGUAGGUGUUUUCCCCCAGGAUAUUUGUAGGCUUAGCAAGGGAGUUAAGCUUUUGGGUGGACCUGUGAGUUUGGAUUUGGAUUUCAUGAGUGACAUGGUGCUUAGUAGGGUGAAUAAGACUAUUCAGCUAAUGUCCGCUAUCAAAAAGCUCAAGGACCCUCAAAGUGAGAUGUUGUUACUCUGUAACUACGCCGGUGUAUUCAGACCAUAUUUUUCUAUGCGUACCACCAAUCCGGCAGCUCUGCAACAGGCCUCCGACCUCUUUGACGACCACUUACUCAAGUAUUUGAGGCUUUUAAUCACAGGAGAUGGAGCUGGGUUUGGGCCUUUGCAACAGAGAUUGGCCAUGCUUCCUAUCAAAGAUGGUGGUAUUUGCAUAUAUACUAUGGCAGACGCUUACACUUACUGUUAUCUUGCCUCUCCGAGUCAGACUACUUCGCUGCGGAAGGGUGUUACUUGGAGCUCAUUCUCGUGCUUCCUAUCAGUUAGCUCUUCAGAAAUUCAUUAA